GUCAUAUGUCCGUGAAGUUAUGGACUACCAGGUCAUGGAUUUGCGCGUGCUAACGUGCGCCGGUGCUACCGUUUAUAUAUCACGCACUCACACACAUUCAGUCACGAAGUACUUCCAAAUUGUCAAACAGAGGGGCGUUGAAGGCAGGGAAAAUUUGCAUAGUUCUCUCUGAGAGAGAGAGAGUGAGAGAGAGCCAGAGAGAUGGAGAGGGAGAAUGAAACGAAGCAAUCAAAGUUCAAGAGGAUUUGUGUGUUCUGUGGGAGUAGCCCAGGAAAGAAGAGCAGUUAUAGGGAUGCUGCUAUUGAGCUUGGCAGGGAAUUGGUUUCAAGUAAUAUUGACCUGGUUUACGGAGGAGGGAGUGUUGGUUUGAUGGGUUUGAUUUCUCAAGCUGUCCAUAAUGGUGGUCGCCACGUCAUUGGAGUUAUUCCCAAGACACUCAUGCCUAGAGAGAUUACCGGAGAGCCAGUGGGAGAAGUGAAGGCUGUGGCAGACAUGCACCAAAGGAAGGCCGAGAUGGCCAGGCAGUCUGAUGCUUUUAUUGCCUUACCCGGCGGUUACGGGACUCUUGAAGAGCUUCUUGAAGUCAUAACCUGGGCCCAACUUGGCAUUCAUGAUAAACCGGUGGGGUUGCUGAAUGUGGAUGGAUACUACAACUCCUUGUUGUCAUUCAUCGACAAAGCUGUAGAGGAAGACUUCAUUAGCCCAAGUGCGCGCCAUAUAAUUGUAUCUGCCCCUACUCCAAAGGAGCUUGUUAAGAAGUUGGAGGAGUAUUUUCCGCGCCAUGAAGGAGUUGCUUCAAAGCUAAACUGGGAGAUUGAACAGUUGGGCUGUACUCCAAAAUGUGACAUCUCAAGGUGAAUGGAUAUGAUUCAAGGAGGCUUUGGUGAAGAAAGGGACUAAUUUUAGAGGACCACAAAUUUCCUUGAGGGGAUUCCCUUUUUUCUUUUUUUCCUUGGGGUAAAACUACAAGAAUUUACCUCAAAAUAUGUAGCUAGAGACUAUUGUCUGCAAUGGGAAUGGAGUAUUUUGAUGCUCCAUUUGGUUGCCAGAAGCAGGUAAUAGAGAAGAAAAUUUAGCGUUACAUCAAUAUGUACGUGUUGGAAUCUUUUUGCGAAUUCUAAUUUGUCUCUCCAUAUUUUCUGAA